UUCAAACAGAAUGCAGGUAAAGCAGGCGUCUCGUUGGUUGUUCUGCUCGACUGUUCGGCGAUUUUCGUCUUUCGGAUGCGUAACUCGUAUAAAAAACGUUCAUUUAUUUGAAGUAAUGUUGCGAGAAUAGGAGCAAGAAUCGGCGUUAUUUUACUGUUCAUCGUUCGCUGUAUAUACAAUAAUAAUUGUAAUUAAUUUACGUUCACGAAUCGCCUUUGUAAUAUGUGUUUUACGUAUUAAUUUCGUAUUAAAAUGUGAAAUAAUUUCGAUCACAAUCAGCUCGAAAUCGUAUUCUAGAGGUGUCCACGAGAGUAUGCUGUAACGUAAUAGUGUCCUGAAUGGAAAGGGGAAAAAGUGCUCGGUGGAGUUGUCAAUUUUUACACCUAGCAACAGAUGGCAGGUGGAGUACAUGCUUCUUCCCCGGGCUCUGCAACUGUCACUCAUCAGAUGGGACAUUCAGUCCGUCGUCCAGAAUACUCGAUUCAUUUAAAUGGCGAAACGACGAGUUCGACGAGAAAACGUAGACGAAGUUCCGAUGCCGGUUAUCAGUUGGAUUCGAAACGAGCGUGUAUUUACAAUCAACUUCUAACCGAUAUGAUUAUCGAAAAGGAGAAAUAUUUGUACGUCUCGUUAUUGGAAAAAUACAGAAACACAGAUCAAGAUGAUUUUCUCGAAUUCAUCGACAAAACCAGCUACCCCGGUAACGUAUUACCAUUUCCAACACCACUCGAACCCAGACACGAGUAUUUAUCCAGCGAACCGGAUCCUUUCAAACAAUCGUUACGAAAAUUGAUCGAAAAAGAUUUAAAAAAAGUUAAAAGUGAGCCUAACAAAACAUCGCAGAAAGAUUACCGUUCCAAAGCUUAUUCUCCUAUUGUUUUAAUAAAACCGAUUCCAGAACGGUCGAAUCACGUUGUCGAAAACAAUUCCCAGCAAAUCGUUGCCAAAAAUGAAGCAUCCAGUCGAGUAUCAGAUUCGCAGCAAACAGUUGUCAAAGCCAAACAGCUACCGAAUCAAUCAGGCGAUAAUUCCCAGCAAAUUGUGGUCAAAGCGAAACAGGAAGCUUAUGUACUUCAGAGGGUAGCGGAGCUCCAGAAAGCAGGUCUAUGGCCUGAGAAAAAGUUAUCAAAAGUGCAAGAACCGCCUCGAACAAAGGCUCACUGGGAUUACGUUCUGGAAGAAUUAGAAUGGCUGGCUACAGAUUUCGCCCAAGAACGUAAAUGGAAGAAGGCAGCCGCCAGAAAAAGAUCUCGAAUGAUUCAAAAACAUUUCCAAGAAAGAGAAGCCCUCGUACUUAAAGCAGCCAAAGCAGCCGAAUUACACAAACGAAGAAUAGCGAGUCAUACAGCCAAAAUGGUGAAAUUAUUUUGGAGUAAUGUGGAAAAACUCGUGGAUUUUAAACAACAAACCAAGCUAAAAGAAAAACGUCAGCAAGCCUUGGAUCAACAUCUUAGCUUUAUUGUAGAUAAAACUGAAAAAUACUCAUCACUGGUGGCCGAAAGUAUGAAUAAAUCUACGAACAGAGCUCAGUCACCGGACGAGAAUUCCGAUGCCGAAUUUGAACCGAAUCAAAGCUCUAGCGAUGAUGAAGAAACAAUCGAGGCUGAAGAAAAAAUCAGAGGUGCUGAAGUAGAUCAUAGUAAAGAAAUUGAAAUGCUUAAACGAGAAUCCGAGUUACCUUUGGAAGAUCUCUUGAAUCAGUUACCCAGUGAAUAUUUGAAUAAUGUUCCCAUUGAUGAUAAAAUUAGCAACGAGAAACCAAUUGACGACGACGAUGAAUAUAAAAUGGAAGAUGAUGAAAGUGACGACGAAACGACGCUGUUGGAAGAAGAGAAACGACAAGGAAAAGUUGAUUAUAAAUCUGAAAUCGCUGAAUUACAAGCCGAUAAUAACUUAAGCAUAGAAGAACUUAUGAAAAAGUACGCUGCCGAUGCACCUACUGGAAAUUCCAUCGAUUCGAAUUCUCAAUCGGAAAGCUCUUCGGAAAGUACCGCCGAAGAAAGUGCAGCCGAAAGCGACGCUAGCGAUAAUGAAAACAGCACUAUCGAUAAUUCAGACGACGAAGAUGAUGAAAACGAUGAAGACGAUGAUGAUGACGACGACGAAGACGACGACGAUGAGAGCAAAAGCGACGAUUCAGAUGAAAGUAGCGAUGGUCUCAUGUCUUUGUUGAAGGACAGCACAUUGGAAAAUGGAGAUAUGAACGAAGAAAAUACAGACGAAAAAAUCGACGAUGUGGCCGCGAUUGCUGAAAGUAUCCAGCCUAAAGGAAAUACGCUGUCUUCAACGAGUGUCGUUACAAAAGUUCCUUUUUUAUUGAAACAUACCCUUCGCGAGUAUCAACAUAUCGGUUUAGAUUGGCUGGUGACCAUGUACGAACGUAAAUUGAACGGUAUAUUGGCCGAUGAAAUGGGUCUGGGUAAGACCAUCCAGACUAUCGCGCUGUUGGCUCAUUUAGCUUCGGAUAAAGAGGAUUGGGGUCCUCAUUUAAUUAUAGUUCCUACGUCUGUGAUGCUUAAUUGGGAAAUGGAAUGCAAAAAAUGGUGCCCGGCUUUCAAAAUAUUAACUUAUUACGGAAAUCCGAAAGAAAGGAAAUUGAAAAGAUCCGGUUGGACGAAACCAAACACAUUCCACGUUUGUAUCACUUCGUACAAAUUAGUAUUACAAGAUCAUCAUUGCUUUCGACGUAAGAAAUGGAAGUAUCUAAUUUUGGACGAAGCGCAGAACAUAAAAAAUUUCAAAUCCCAAAGAUGGCAACGAUUAUUGAACUUUGAUUCAGAAAGGCGUUUACUAUUGACCGGCACCCCUUUGCAAAACAACCUGAUGGAGCUAUGGUCGCUGAUGCAUUUCUUGAUGCCGAAUUUAUUCGCUUCUCAUCACGAAUUUAAAGAAUGGUUCUCGAAUCCGGUCACCGGUAUGAUCGAAGGAAACGCCGAAUACAACGAAAAUAUCAUCAAAAGACUGCACAAGGUGCUAAGACCGUUCCUUUUACGAAGAUUGAAAACUGAAGUCGAAAAGCAGUUACCCAGUAAAUACGAACACGUGGUCAUGUGCAGAUUAUCGAAUAGACAGCGAUAUUUAUACGAUGAUUUUAUGUCUCGAGCAAAAACCAAGGAAACAUUAUCUUCGGGCAAUCUGCUGAGUGUGAUUAAUGUUCUUAUGCAAUUACGUAAAGUUUGCAACCAUCCUAAUCUAUUCGAGCCGAGACCGAUCAUUUCGCCUUUUCAAAUGGAAGCUUUGGAUUAUCAAACAGCUUCGUUGGUGUUUGCUGCCUUGGAUUAUGCUCCGUUUGAGCGUGUGAACUUGGACUCGUUGAAUUUACGUAUCGUCGAUUCGGAAACAGAAUUGACUGCUUGGGCUGUGCAUCGCUUGAAUAAAUUACGCGUUCCUCGAAGAUUAAUCCAGGAAAUCGACAAAGCUCCCGAGGAACCUCCUCCGUUGCCGAAUGUGUUGAUGAACGUGCGCUUGAGGAGAAGAUCAUCGACGCCGGCAUCGCGGCCGCUACCACCACUAUCUUUAUUGUCAUCAUCAAAAUUCGUUGUAGAGACAUCUCCGGUGUGUAGCAGUGCUAACAACUCGAUAAAAUCGAAUAACACCUUGAUGAAAGGUAACUCUAAAAUAACAUCGUAUUUUAAAACCGCUUCGACGCUGCCGACUUCGGUAGCUACGGUAGUUGCGACGAGCCCGGUUACCACGGUGUCUACGACACCUACGAUGUUUCCAGCCGGUAUGAAAACUGCCACCGCUGCUACCUACACUGUUGUUAGUAAUCCAAUAUCGGCGCCAGCGACAGGAGCAACAGGAUCUGUUGUACCUAAACUGAGAUUGGCUCAGGUUUAUAGAAACAUUGUUCCGCAAGAUGACGUAAACAAUAUGGCUGUGAAAACAAUCAAACCGGUUGGCAAUGCGACCACGACGAUGCCAAUAAGUACAACGAAUUUAACGUUUCAAUUUAAAGGAGGUACCACAUUGAACGCGUUAGCUCCGGGGAAAAUCUGUUUUACUACGGCUGGUUCGAAAAUCCCCAUUCAGGCAACUGUGUUGAGAAAUAUGUUACCAGUAUCGUCACCGUUGAAGAUGAAUAAUAAUAACGCCAUCGUCGCCACUGCUUCCGGAUCAUCGCAGCCAUCGAUUAUGCAAACCGUCGGUGGCCAAAAAACGUACAUAGCGUUGCCUGCAAAUUCCAUGACCAUUUCACCGGGUCAGAAAGUUAUUCUAAAGAAUGUCAAUGCCAGUGAUCUUAAAGCUCCGGUUAUUAAACUACCUCAGCUGGCACAGUCUAAUUAUUAUACCUCGUCGAAUGUGCUCGUGAACAACGCUCCGAAAACCACCUCUGUAACGAUACCAAAACCGAUCAGUGCGACGAACUGCUCACCUACGCAGUCUAACGCCGGGUCUCCAUCGUCAUCGGCAUCAUUCGCGUCUAGCCUUAGCUCAGCAUCGUCUUCUGGAACAACAACGAGAAGUCGACACCAUCACGACAGUAGUAAAAUCAAAGAAGAUUCCUCGUCGUUGGAAGACCCGAUAAUCGUAGAAAAACGUCGUCAUAUGCGAAGAGAGAAGCUACGUAUUUUAGGCGUAACCAACGAUCGGAAAUCUAGUCCUUACGUUGUGUACGGCAGCGACGUACGAGAUUCGCUGAAGAUCACGGCGGAUGUGGCGUCAUCGUCGUCGUCCACGUUAUCGAAUUCGGAUUCGGAUUCGGAGAAAUACUGGAAAUACGCCGGCCAUGUGAACUGCGUCAACGCUCAGUACGCGAAACACGUGUACGACAUGUGUUACACGUUAACGAAUGCCUUAUCCGAUUCGGUGAAGUCUAUCGAAGAAAGAAUACAAGACUUAUCGGAGACUUUUUCGAGAUUCAUCGUUUACGUACCGGCUGUGAACGCUAGACGUCCUUCGAUGCACGUGUCGCGUCCGAAUCCGUCGAAAAGUUGGUCGAUGAGGUACACGGAGGCUGUGCUGGAACGCGAAUUAACCCCUAAAGCCGUCUGUCUGCAUCAGGUCGUUUCGAAAAUGAGCACGGCGUUUCCGGACAGUCGGCUUAUACAGUACGACUGUGGUAAAUUACAAACGUUAGAUACGUUAUUGCGGCGAUUAAAAGCCGGCCAGCAUAGGGUACUGAUAUUCACCCAAAUGGCUCGUAUGCUCGACGUGCUGGAGACUUUCUUGACCUUCCAUGGGCAUAUCUAUCUGCGAUUAGAUGGCAGUACGAGGAUAGAUCAGAGACAGGUUUUAAUGGAGAGAUUUAACGCCGAUAAAAGAUAUUUCUGCUUUAUACUUUCGACUCGUUCCGGUGGUAUUGGUGUAAAUUUGACGGGAGCUGAUACGGUUAUAUUUUACGAUAGUGAUUGGAAUCCGACGAUGGAUGCGCAAGCGCAAGAUCGAUGCCAUCGUAUCGGACAAACCAGAGAUGUGCAUAUUUAUAGAUUGAUAAGCGAUAAAACAGUGGAGGAAAACAUCUUGAAGAAAGCUAAUCAGAAGAAAUUACUCGGCGAUUUGGCCAUCGAAGGCGGUAACUUUACAACGGCGUAUUUCAAAUCUACCACCAUUCACGAUUUGUUCAACGUUGAUCUCGACGAAUCUGAUCCGGCUAAACGAAUGUCCGAUAUAGCGCCGCCGGAAGCCACCAAUUCGUCUGCGCAGAGCAACGGCUCCGCUGCAGGCACCGCUGCAGUUGCUACCACUGGCGUCGAAAAAUCCACGUUGAACGCGUACGAAACCGCUUUAGCUGCGGUCGAAGACGAAACAGACGUGAACGCUGCUAAGACCGCGAAAGAAGAAGCGGUCGCCGAAUUGGAAGAAUUCGACGAGAAUAUACCUUUGGUGGAUAACGAUAACGCAGAUAAUUCUACUUUACCGACCGAAGCCGAACAAAAAGUUAACGCUCUCUUGGAACAGUUGACGCCGAUCGAAAGAUGGGCGCUGCAGUUCAUGGAAACGGUGGACGCGGAAUGGGCCGAAGAGCAGCUGGCCGCAGCCGAAGCCGAAAUCGAACAACAGAAAAAAGAAUGGGAAAUGGAACGUUUAGCCAUCGAACAAGCGGACGAACGGUCGAAACGUCGACGCCUAGAAGACGGUAGCGCCGACACAGAAGACGAUAACGCAUCGACGUCUGCAUCGACCAGUUCGGCUCUCUCGACGCAUCACAACUUGACGCGUCAGAGUAGCACAUCCGGCGGCGAUUCGAAGCAUCAUAAUCAGCUCAGUGCGUCGACUAGUGCGGCAGCUGAAUCGUCAUCGUCUCAUCACAGUCGAUUACGAUCGACGAAAAAAGAUAAACAGUCGACGACUCCGGUGACUCGAAGAAUGGCUAAUAAUCGUAGAAGCGUCGCCGGCGGUUCUGGAGCUGGACACGGUGAGAGUAACAACGAUACGAGGAAACGGCAUGCCGGCAAUGCCAGUCGACUAAGUGUGUGAGUGGCGAGUGAAGUGCUCUUGUUUUGACAGAUAAAAGCGACUGGGGAUCGUACUUCGAUAAUUGGUGUUGUUGAUCGGAGAUGACUACUCGAUAUACGUAAUAAGUGUUUCUAUGUUGACCAUAUUGUUGAUUGUAUGUAAUUUACCAUCGAAAAGGUGAAUUUGACGAGUGUUUCGGUACGUAUAAUAUAUCAAUUGUUUUCCCCUACCUUCUACUUUUUUGUAAACCUUGUUUUUCUGAUUUUUAUUCUUAUUAUUAUUAUUGUUGUUGUAUAAACGUACAUUCAUUCAUUCAACAGUAUAUUUUUUGUAAACAAUUCUCAAGCGAUGUUUAAUUUUUUUAUAUGUACAUUUUUCUUUUUUCACCUUAAGAUUAUGUUUGUGUUGUAAUUAAUUGUAAUACUACUUCUCUCUUUUUUCCCCCCUGCGUGUCUAUAUUCAUGUUGAUUUUGUAUAAAAUUAAACAGAUUGUUAGUUAUUUAA